UUAUCUUUGCCUUACUUUAUUUGGUUUUAGAAGGAAUGGCGAAUAAAAAACCUGGGGACAUCUCUAGGUAAGUAAAAUACAGGGCCCACACCACAUUGGGACGAGUAUGUUGUGUGGAUUUUUCGUGCCUUCAAAUUCCUUAUCCUACUGGAUUAAUUUCAUUUACUCUAAUUUUAUGAAAAAAUCCCUUUUUAGUUUUGAAAAAGUCUUCCAAGGCUUUAAGUGUGUUUUCAAGUGGGUUUAGAGGCGGUUAAAAAUCGGGACACAUCAUAACAAUUAAUAAAGAUUCAAUGGCUCCAAUGCAGAAGUCAUAGACUUUGACGAGGCCACGUACGAUGCCUGUCAAAUUAUAGCCUAUUGGUGAGCGGAGAAUCCUUAUCUAUACGUAUGAUAACACCGAGGUGGAUAUUUUUGUUGUGCAUAUGUAAGAUUUGAUUCAGAAAAGAUGUGUGAAUUUGGAAAGGAUGUUGAAAUUACCAUCGAGAUGGAGCCCUUUUUGCAGCAACAACAACAACAACAACAUGCAUUCAACUCGCUGGAUUUAAAAGAAAAUGAGAAACUGCUUAAUAAUAUGGAGAUACUGGCCACAUUUGCCUACGAGCCGAAAAAACUCCUGGAACUAUUGCCAUCAAUAAAGGAUAGAAUAGAAUCGCUUGGUGGCGACAAAUCUACUUCAGAUGAAGUAGAAUGCGCUUUAGAACUAGCAAAAAUUGCCUCCAAACGUGAAGAUAUCCCCUUCUCGCAGAGUCUUCAGGCUCAAUUUCCUGAAAUUCCAUGGGAAAACAUUCGUAACAACGAGAGUCCCGCGGAUAUAGGGAGAAGGAUUGAAGAACGUCUACAAUUUUUGAUGGACAAGAGUGCGUUUAAGGCUGUAAUCGAACAAAUUAAGAAGAGCUUAGAGUAAUGAUCCAGUCGUUGGCAAUGUUUCGAUAUGGAGUUGAAAGACAUCCUGGAUGAUCAACACGGACCCUAAAUGUAUUCUUGUGCACGUUUCGGUUGAUGCAAUAAAGGGAAAGUGUUAAUACUGCUCGUGGUUGUUGAAGAGUUGCGACGACGGAGGCGCUAG